AUGGGAGGAGAAUCCUUCUACACGACGGUGGUCAAAAAUGUGCAUUCCACCCUUCCAGGAGACGUCAUGAUGGCCCCUGCUGAUCCUGGAGGCAUUCAGCUCCACAAACUCACUGGCAACCCCGAUGACGAAUUGUUGUUGACUUCGGGAGCCUACGUCGCCAGCGAUGCCACAGUCAACAUUGGCACUGCCGUACAGACACAAUGGUCCAAUUCACUACUUUCUGGGACAGGCUUCUUUUUGCUCCGAGCCAGUGGACGUGGAAUCGUCGCAUGUGCGGCCUAUGGAAGCAUUCACAAGUAUGAGCUUCGAGAGGGUGAAAGCCGUUCGGUAGACAAUGGCCACCUGGUUGCGUGGAGUGCCAACUUGCCCUAUCGCGUUGGAUUGGCCAGCAGAGGUGGCAUCAUGGCCAGUAUGAAGAGUGGUGAAGGUUUAAUGUGUCAUUUCGGACCCGGACCGGGAACAAUAUACCUCCAGAGUCACAAGCCUGGAGAAGCCGAGACGGCCGUGAAACACAGUAAAAGGGCAGCCAAGGGAGCCGCACAAGUAGGAGUAGCUUACUUUGUGCUGAUCCCAUUCAUUCUGGUUUCUGUGGUGAUCCUGGUCACAGUCGUGACUAUGCUCAUUGCUCACCUGAAGAGCAUUGAAAUGGAUCCAACGACGACAUAUUAUGAUAACAACAAUGAUGACUACUAUCACGGCAAUAAAAGGAAAGCAGCAUCCAGUCGCCGGACCGUUCCGAGAGGAGGAUACAUGGCUGUGGGAGAGCUAUAG